GACAUGUUACCCUUUUGCUUCAAUUCUCAGGUCCGUCUAUGAUCCUAAAGCUGAUUGUUAUUAUUGCAUGUAUGAGAAGUGCUUACCUCCACACAGACUAGGAAGUUCCUACCAUCCCCCUGCUUAUCUGUAUGCAGACACCAGAGUGACGCCAGCAGGUCAGGACUUGCAGAAGACUAACCAGAGUACUGGUAUUAAACUUAAUAACACUUAACUUGUCUUAUUAUUUAUAAGAUGAGGUUAUUUUUCAGGAUAGGUGUUACGAUAAGUCAGCUAUAACUGCAGAGGAGCCCGUUUCACCAGAAAUGAAUACAGUUAAAUGAACCUUUACAUUGUGGUUAAUUUAUUUUAAAAAAUCAUCUUAACUCAAACUUUGGGAUUCUGCCCCAAUUCAUAAAAUGUGUUUAGAGUCCUGAAAUCAGUUGUUUAAUCAGUCAAUAUGUAAAUUAGAGGUUUCUGCUCAAAACUGAAGAGGUGAGGGAUUUACCAUUUGCUGUUGAACAGAUUUUUUUUUAUCUGAGCUGAUCAGAUGGUUGCAGACAGACAUAUUUCAAAAGACUACCACCCAGCAUGCCUUGUGGCACAUCUAUUGGAUCAUUGUGGAGUGUUGUAAACUGACAACAAUGCAGUAUGCAUUCAUGAAGUCAUGGGAAAAUUUAUUUUCCAGACUAACUUGAAAAUCAGACAUUUAUCGUUAUUAACCCUUUGGAGGCAGGCGUUGCAGAUUUGCAACGUUAAAACUAGGGCCCGACCGAUAUGCUUUUUUUGGGACCGAUACCGAUAUAAAACUUUUAACAAAGGCCGAUAGCCGAUAUAAUGGCCGAUAAAUCUCCCUCACAAAAAAGGAAAUAAAUACAAAUGUUCUUAAGAUUAAACCCUUCAUUCUCUGCCUUUUUGAUGCUAACUUAUUUCUAUAUUACACACCAGAGAACUGUCUCAAUAACUCACUAGGGUUUCCAAGUAAUGCAAAUAAGAUUUAUUUUGCUAUCUCAAAAACAACAGAACACACAAACUCAGUCAGUAUAAAUCUAACAUUCAAGUUUUUUGUUUUCUGAGUCUGUGGAGUUCAUAAAGCUGGCGCCAUCUGCUGGAUAGAUAGCGCAAUAUCGGCCAUACCGGCCGUCUUUUUGGCCGAUAGCCGAUAGUGUUAAUGACCCCUAUAUCGGCCGGCCGAUAUAUCGGUCGGGCCCUAGUUAAAACCUACCUACCUGGUUACUCCACAUACGUAUUUCAUGAGCAUUUUUUUACUCAGAAGUGCCCCUGAAGUACUUAGUUGUUCGUCCUUUUAUCAAAACUUACUUUGACUCUGAGAGGGUUAAAAUUUCUGGCUUUCACCAAUAUCGUUUUUCCCGUGUCACGUGAAAACAUCACUCAACGUGAUACAUGUGACAGCCCCAGCUAGUGGACAGCUUUUGUUUCUGUGCUUACAUGUAAUUGUCCAUUUAACGAUAUUGAAGUGAAAUCCUCAAUCGUGAUAUUGAUUUUAGGCCAUAUCACCCAGCUCUUUUCUAGAUUAAGAUGCAUUGGCUGGAUUCUUUUGCUGUUGGGCUUUUUUCCAUGUCAUCAGCUUACACAUAUCAAGCUGUGUGUCUCCUAAAUACAGAGGACAGAAGGGCUGUCGCGAUUGAGGAAUUCCCCCUGCGGUGAGUCAGGGCAGUUCAAUAUUGUGAUAUGCGAUAUUAUUGCACCUCGUUUUUAUUUAUGUACUUGGCAAAUUUGUUUGUUAAUUACUAAACUCAUGGCAAUAUUUCCUUUGAAACAUUGUGCUUACACAUUUAAAAAAUGUUAGAAAAAAAUACAUGGCCAUUUUUAACACUUUAUUGAAUGCAGAUCAAAGGGCAGUAACGGCAUUCUCUGACUGAACUUAAAAACAACAUUCAGGAGGUUUAACUUUGAAAUGCAAAUUUGGCUGCAACAUCUAACAGAAAUAAAAAAAAAAGUGCCCUACUAUCUCCUCGAUCAGCGCAGACUUUACCUCUCAGCAUGCGCUGUCGCGAGAUUUAAUCAAGUGCGGUAAUUGCGGUGGCACGUCAUGCAGCGCGGUGGGUUUCUUAAUAUCGCGAUAUAUUGUUCUUGCGAUUAUUGUGACAGCCCUAACUGGCAGUAUUAAGAGUUUAUCAUUUUGUGUAAUCAUGUUGCAUCCAAGACAAGAGCGCCAUGAGAGGACUUUGGUGUUUAAGUUUAAAUCACAGAAAGUUGCUUACAGUGUGUGUGUGUGUGUGUGUGUUUGGGGAGACCUUUGAACGUUACACAGCAGAUAAAAGUCUUGAGCGUUUGUAGUACCACACAGACAACAAAGUCCUCCACUGACUACCACAGUCUGUAACUCGGUCGUACCGAAGCUUCAGAAGCCCUAGAAACCAGAUUCUCUUGGCUAUUGGAGACUGACAUCAAGUCGCGGUGCUCCAUGAAUGGAUCACGGAGAAACAGUGGCUCCUCUCUUGUGUCCAGCUCAUCUGCCUCCUCCAAUCUCUCCCACCUGGAGGAGGACACGUGGAUCCUAUGGGGUCGAAUUGUGAAUGAGUGGGAGGAGGUGCGCAAGAAAAAGGAGAAGCAGCUUAAGGAUCUGGUGAGAAAAGGUGUUCCUCACCACUUCCGGGCUAUCGUGUGGCAGCUGUUGUGUAAUGCCCAGAAUAUGCCCAUCAAGGAUCAGUACUCAGAGCUCCUGAAGAUGACAUCGCCGUGUGAGAAGUUAAUACGAAGAGACAUCGCUCGCACCUAUCCUGAACAUGAAUUCUUUAAGGAGAAGGACAGCUUGGGACAAGAAGUGCUCUUCAAUGUCAUGAAGGCCUAUUCUCUGGUGGACCGCGAGGUUGGAUACUGUCAGGGAAGUGCCUUCAUUGUUGGUUUGCUGCUCAUGCAGAUGCCAGAAGAAGAGGCCUUCUGUGUGUUCGUGAAGCUGAUGCAAGACUACAGGUUACGGGAGCUCUUCAAACCCAGCAUGGCUGAACUGGGACUUUGCAUGUACCAGUUUGAAUCCAUGAUCCAGGAGCAGCUUCCAGAGCUACACAUACAUUUCCAGGCUCAGAGCUUUCAUACCUCCAUGUACGCCUCCUCGUGGUUCCUCACCAUUUUCCUCACCUCCUUUCCGUUGCCUGUUGCCACCAGGAUUUUUGAUAUAUUUAUGUGUGAGGGUUUGGAGAUCGUUUUCCGUGUGGGGCUAGCCAUCCUGCAGAUGAACCAGGCUGAACUCAUCCAGCUUGACAUGGAGGGAAUGUUACAGCACUUCCAGAAGGUCAUCCCACACCAGUUGGACAGUGGACCAGAUAAGGUCAUCCAGGCUGCAUAUCAAGUUAAAUACAAUGCUAAGAAAAUGAAGAAGUUAGAAAAAGAUUACACUACAAUCAAAACAAAAGAGAUGGAAGAGCAGGUGGAGAUAAAGAGGUUACGGACAGAAAACAGGCUUCUGAAACAAAGAAUAGACACACUAGAAAAGGAAAGUGCUUCCUUGGCAGAUAGAUUGAUUCAGGGACAAGUGACUCGAGCUCAAGAGGCGGAGGAAAACUACCUGGUCAGGCGGGAGCUGACCACAGUCAAACAGCAGAGCGAGGAGGCCAGUGCUCAGCUGGAGCAGGCCAAGAAUACCAUCAGACAGCUUCAGCAGCAGCAGCAACCACGAGCGAAGGGACCCCUUCGGUUCUCUGAGGAGUCGGUCCUGCAGCUGGAGCAAGAGCUGGUGCAGGCCCGGCUGAAGGAGGCGGAGUCUCAGUGUGCGCUCAAGGAAAUGCAAGAUAAAAUCCUUGAUAUGGAGAAGAGAAACUCCUCGUUACCCGAUGACACUAACGUGGCGCGGCUGCAGGAAGAGUUGAUCGGGGUAAAGCUGAGAGAAGCUGAGGCUGUGACUGGAUUAAAAGAGCUGAGGCAGCAGGUCAGAGACCUGGAAGACCACUGGCAGCGACACCUGGCACGCACCGCUAGUCGCUGGAAGGACAGCCCCAAGAAGAACACCUUGAGUGAGCUGCAGGACGAGCUGAUGAGCGUGAGGCUGCGUGAAGCAGAGGCCCAAGCUGAGCUCAGAGAAACACGGCAGAGGAUGCUGGAGCUGGAGACGCAGAAUCAAAUUCACAGUAAUCAGCUGCGGCGUGCGGAGCAGGAGAGCCGCUGUUUCCAGGAGUGCGUGCAGACUCUGACAACGCAGAAUAAAGACCUGCAGGUGCAGCUGCAGGAGAUCAAGCGGAGGCAAGCUGAGAUUGAAUGCAAGAGUAAAGAAGAGGUGAUGGCAGUCAGGCUGAGGGAAGCUGACAAUAUCGCUGCGAUGGCUGAGCUCCAGCAGCAGAUCUCAGAGCUGGAGAUUCAGAAAGAAGAAGGAAAGGUCCAGGGCCAGCUGAACCACACAGACUCCAGUCAGUACAUCCGUGACCUCAAAGACCAGAUAGCAGAGCUGAAACAGGAGAUUUACUGCUUGAAGGGCCAGAGGGGUUUGACCAGUCAGCCCACUUUUGAUGGGAUCCAUAUUGUCAACCACUAUAUGGGGGUCGAUGAGUCCUACCAGUCCUCAGAUGAUGAUGAUGAUGAUGAUGGAGUAAAGGAGCCUGACCUCCAGGAGGCCCAGCAGCAGAGCAGCACACGCAUCAAGCUGCACCCCAAGCUGGAAGACGCAGACAGUGAGGAUGAGGACGGGGACGCCCUGCGGCUCUCCGUGCCUCCGAGCACCAACCACAAGUCCACCACCGUGUGACCACUGGCACGAGACGAGACUUUAAACCGAAGGAGAGAAGAGGUUCAGCAGCCAUUUCACAGGAGGGACCUGGAUCUGCAGUUCUGAAUUUCAAAACGACGACACAUCUUCAUUUCAUAUUGUUACUCGUGGUUGCAGCUCGCUCGCAGGUUGUUUUGUGUGUGUGAGAGAUCUCUCUGAACGUCAGCAUACGAACAGCAUGGAAUGCAUCAAACGCUAAGAAGUUGGGGAGCAGGUGGGGACACAACCUGUAGGCACGACGCAGACGCCGCCGCCGUGUGGAAUAAAACAUUUAAUGCUAAAUUACACACUUCAAUAUGUUUUUACACUUUUAAAAGCUUUUUAUGAAUGAAUAUCAAGGUUACUGGUGUUACUCUCAGCACUCCCGUCAUACAGAGACCGUGUGUGUGUGUGUGUGUGUGUGUGUGUGUGUGUUUUAAAGCACGUUGUCCUGAUCAGAGCGUGGUAUCAAAGCAAAACCUUGAUGUCUGGACCUUAGCACACGCUGCUGGUUGCACACGUGUAGAUAUGUAAAUGAGUUUAUUUCUUCCUCUCAUUCUUUUGAACUUGAACAAUAUUUGCAUAUUUUAUUUUUAAUUUUGUUUUAUAAAUGAGAAAAAGGGACAUAAGUUAUAGAUGGAAACAAACUGGUCUGCUGAGAAGAUGAACUGAAAGUCCAGGUCAGGCUUUUGUUUAUUUCUCCAAAAGCUUUUUUUUUUACCUUAGUGAUGAGAAGAGAAGUCCUAGCACACGCUUCAUUUUCUGAUGAGUCAGACAUGUCUGUUUACGUCUGACGCAACUUGCACACAAGUGGGUAAAACCAACAACGAGGACACUAUCUGGACGUGGGACAGGAGCUGAACUGUGUCCACUGGACAUGGAUUCCUGAACUUUGGACGGUCACUAUGAACACUUAAGUUUAGUGGAAGUCAUUGAAGCCAUUAUGAUUCUGUCUUUUAAAUCAAGUCAUGAGAAUGUUCCUCUGAGGAGGGGGAACGAUUACAGCACUUUGAGUCUGCAAUGCAGCGAGGACUGAUGGGCAACACUAUGGAGACUGAGAUGUGUGUGUGUGUGUGUGUGUGUGUGUGCGUGCGUGAAAGAGGGAGUGAGAGAGAUUUCACAAUAAAAUGUUUGAUAAACUUUAAAUGUGGCGUCUUUCUGGUAGCAGCAGAUGAAAGGCUUGAGGCAGGAUCAUGUCUCUGAAAGCCGCCUUCCUACGAAGGCUCUUAGAAGGGUGACUGCUUUCAGGAAGUGAUUUCUCGCAGUUUUCAGAGCUGAGCCUCAUAUUUAUUUAUUUUUUUCGUGCCCAAAACCACAUUUUAAAAGCAGCUUUCUCUCAUCGAGCACCAGAAUAUUAACCAAGUGUGAAUAAAUCCUUUAAAAGGUGUGUUUUCAUCAGAAAUAAAGGUCAGGUUGCACAUGGGAGGAGGUUUCAAAUUUCCGUGUCUGAAAGUAGAAAAAAGAUUGAAAGGAGUGAGAGUUCAUAGCGCAGGAGCAGGCGUGUCGUGUGAAUCAGAUCUUAAAGAGCAAGUCUCCCCCAAAUCAACUUUUUGCUGAUAAACUAUGUGAAUGAGUGUCUAAUCAUGCUGUAGGCAUGCAUAAGUCAGUAAUUUGGCACUUUAGUGCAUUUUAGUUAAAAUUUAAAUAUUCUGUGUAAAACUGUCAGCGUUGCGCCCUCUUCAGGUAAAAACUGUACUACAUUUUAAUUUAAAUCUGCCAUCGCUAUUGGCUAAGAGGUACACUAUGACAUUAGCUGGUACAUUAUGCUGUGAGCCUACUGUGUGCAUUUAUUAGGGGCUCCGCCCUCUGUCUGCCAGGCAACGCCUCCUUGUGGGGCAUUUUUCAAACAGAAAAUGGGAGUGGAGUAAGACUGGUAGGGGGGUGACUUUGCUCUUUAAAUGAUGUUUCUGUGGGCUAACUUAAUUUAAAAAAUUUAGCUGCUUU